GGUGAAGUGGUGUGAUCUAAGCAGACUGUCAUCAUAUAGGAAGUAGAGGGGUUUGUUAGAAGGACUGUAGUUAUAGAGAAAGUCACUUGUCUGUGGGGACAGAAUGGAGCACACCUUGUUCUGUUUGCUACUAUUGCUGAGUACACACAUCUACUCUGGACACUCUGAAGACGAUGAUGGACGGGCAAUGGCUGUUCUGACCAAACACCCCAAAUCCUCCCAGAUAUUCAGUGGAGAAUCUGUCACUCUCAGAUGUAACAUACAGAGGGGAAAAGUCACUGACUGGAAAUACACAUGGAGCAAGGAUGGUGUGGACUUCCUUAGUAGGGAGCAUAAAUAUGAGAUCAGUGAUGUUAAGAUUUCAAACAGUGGUGACUACUGGUGUCUGGGUACACAUAUUGGUAAUGGGACGCAUUCUAGGUGGAGUGAUGCAGUCAGACUGACAGUGACAGCUCUGCCUACAGCCUCAGUGAAGAUGGUCACUACCCAGGAGACACUGCAUUCUGGAGACACAGUCAAGCUGCAGUGUGACAUAUCAAAAUACACAGACUGGACGUACCACUGGUUAAUAAAUAAAGAACGGCUUUCUAGUCAGACCAGUAAAACCACCACUAUCUUGCUCUCUUAUCAGGGUGGUCAGUACCAGUGUCAGGGUACAAGGACAAGACGGCCCCAACAUUCAUAUUUCAGCUCAUCUCUCAACAUUAGCGUCACUAGUGUAACUCCUGGACCCUCUACAUCAGUCCUAGUAGGAGUGGUUGUGGGCCUGGUUGUUGCUGGUGUUCUACUGGCCAUUCUCCUGGUACUGCUGUGUCGAUGUAAAAAAGCCCAAGAUUCCUGUUGCAACAGAAUAUUCUCGCCCCACCAGCUCCAGAGGACCAACCUGGACCCCCAACAGGACCAAGGAUCUACCCAGGGCCAGGCUGCUGAUGCUGGGUAUACACAUCUGCAGCAUGGUGGCGCUAACAUCUAUGAUACAAUCACACCCUCAAACAGUAAUGACAAUGAAAUGCCAGCUGAUCCAAAAGAAAAUCCAGUCUAUUCUGAGAUCAAGGCAUGGAAGACCACAGCAGCAACUGGACCUGUUGAUGUGACCUAUGCUGAGGUUGACCUUAAACAGAAGGCCAAAGCCAAGAAGAAGAAAGAAACAGCAACCCCACCUGAGGCAGAUUCAGUCUAUUAUCAAUUGAAGCCAGGUACAGCCCCAGGUACAUGAGGGGGUCAGGGAUGGAGGGAUGGAGAGGAUGAAAGGAUGGCAGGUUGGAGGGAUGGAAGGACACACACAGAGGAGGAGCAGAAGGAAACCGGAACAGGAUUUUGCGCUCUCAACACACACACACACACCUUGUACAUUAAGGAGUUCUUACUUAUUUUAUUUACCAACAGCACCACAUUCAAAUAAAUUCCUAUAAAAAUCAAACUUAUAUGAAAUCACACAUGUAAGAUACCAAAUUAAAGCUACACGUGUUGUGAAUCCAGGCAACAUGUCAGAUUUCAAAAAGUAUUUUCAGCAAAAGCAAACGAUGCUAUUAUCUGUGCACUGAUAAUAAACAAAAGAGAGAGAACAUUUCAACCCUGCAGGCGAGACACAAAACGCAGAAAUCAAAAUAUAAAUCAUGCCUUAUCUUUGACGAGCUUCUUCUGUUGGCACUCCAAUAUGUCCCAUAAACAUCACAAAUGGUCUUUUUGUUCGAUCCUUAAAAAUACUGGUUCCAACUUGUGCAACGUGACGACAAAAUAUCUCAAAAGUUACCUGUAAACUUUGACAAAACAUUUCAAACUACUUUUGUAAAACAACUUUAGGUAUUUUUAAAGUAAAUAAUCGAUAUAAUUGAAGACUGGAUGAUCUGUGUUCAAUACAGGCAGACAAACUCAAGCAUGCUUUCUGGUCUUGCGCCUCUGUCAAACAGUAGACAUGACGUGACACUUGUUCAAGAUGGCCGUACUUCUUCAUUACACAAAGGAAUAACCUCAACCAAUUUCAAUCAUCAUUUCAAUCAUUGAAAAGAGGGUGACCUAAAAUAAAAAUCGUAUUUGGUUUGUCCUCGGGGUUUCGCCUGCUACAUAAGUUCUAUUAUACUCACAGACAUGAUUCAAACAGUUUUAGAAACUUUAGAGUGUUUUCUAUCCAAAUCUACUAAUACUUUGCAUAUCUUAUCAUCUGGGGAUGAGUAGCAGGCAGUUGACAUUGGACAUGCUUUUCAUCCAAAAUGUCAAAUGUCGCCCACUAUACUAGAGAAGUUUAAGCAUGGUUUAAUUGUGUUUCACUGUAACAGCUUUUUUAAAAAUGUAUAUAUGGAGUAAUGGUGAUGGAUCUUAUCUACAGCUACAGCAAUUGAAUCUGCUUUUUAUUGUGUAGAAGUCAGGUGCAGGAGAGCGGAGAGUUGUGAUCAGGCUGUAAUGGCUGUCUUGGGUGGAAGAAGGAGAGGACCAAAGUGCAGCGUGGUUAAUGUUCCUCUUUUUAAUAAACAACUGAACACUUCAAAAAUACAAAACAACAAAGUGACAACCGAAACAGUUCUAUCUGGUGCAAACACACAAGGACUGGAAAUAACCACCCACAAAACACAAAGGAAAACAGGCUACCUAAAUAUGGAUCUCAAUCAGGGACAACGAUAGACAACAAGCCUCUGAUUGAGAACCAUAUCAGGCCAAACACAGGAAUAGAAAAUAUAGAAAAACUAACAUAGACUGCCCACCCCAACAAGACAAAACAAAGGAAUAAAAGUCAGAACGUGACACAGGCGUACAUUUGAAUAGGCAGAAGUAACAACAGACGGACGCAACUGCAUCCAACAACCUCCAGCCAAAUGGCAAAUAGUGCAAAGCGCGACAGUCACAAUAAUGCAACAGUUAAACAAUCAACACGGAACCCGGGGAAGAACCAGCCUGGCGCGUAACAUGAAACAUGUAACAAAACAAUUCCACACAAAGACAUGGGGGAAACAGAGGGAAUAUAUAUGUAGUGUGAUUAGGGAAUGUAAACCAGGUGUGUGGUGAAACAAGACAAAACAAAUGGAAGAAUGACAAGUGGAGCGGCCAAAUGUCGCCGAACAAGGAGAGGAGCCGACUUCGGCAGAAGUCGUGACACCUGUACUUUAACAAUAUAUUUGCAUUGUGCUUUUUUAAUAAACUAUAUUUUAUCCA